AUUAUUGUUGCAAUGGUCUUAAUACGAAAUCUUUUAUAGCAGGCAGGAGGUUUGAGUCGAAAAGAUUUUGGGAACAACUCAAGUUAGGUUUUUUUUUUCAAAAAAAAAAAAAAAUUCAUUGCCAAAUUGGUUUCUGUUAUCUCCCGGCGACGAAGAUUGGAAGGCACCUAUCCCAAUUUUGAAUUUUCAUAAUUCUUUGUUCGAUUGAUAGUGGUGAUAUGCAAACAUUUCUUGGAAUAUUCAUUGACUUAAUAUUUAUCCGUUGCUUGGCUUAAAGGAGUUUAAUCAGAAUGGCCCCAGCAAAAAAGGGCAAAGCUAAAGCCAAGUCAAUGGAGGUAACAUCUUCAGCACCUGCUGCUACCAAGUUCCCUGCAUGUAUGCGCUUCAUUCCUCCAUCAUCUGUUGCUGUCACCAUUCAUGCCAAGCCUGGUUCAAAAGUUGCCACCAUCACAGGUUUCGACGAUGAUGCUUUAGGAGUACAAAUUGAUGCACCAGCAAAGGAUGGUGAAGCUAAUGCUGCACUCCUCGAUUACAUAAGCUCGGUUAUUGGUGUCAAAAAACGACAGGUUUCGUUGGGUGCUGGCUCAAAAUCAAGGGACAAAGUUCUUAUAGUUGAAGGGGUAUCACUAGAGACGGUAUACGAUGCUCUCAAUAGAGGAUUAGAUAAUUCCUGAUGCAUAAAAGUCGAACGUACGUUUCCAAUUUUCAUAUACUAGCUAACUUUCUUAGAUAUGAUCGUCAUAACAGUUAAUGUCGUGUCUAAAGAUGUGCUAACCGGUCGCCUGGUGCCUUAAACUAGUCCUUCCAUAAUGGAUUGAAGUCAGGACCAGUUUCCAGGGUUAGGAUUGAGAGUUCAUUGUGUACUAUAGAAUUAUUUCUAGAAUUUUUACGUUUGGGUA